AUGUCUAAAAAACAACAACAGCAUUUAGAAAGUGAUACAAAUAUGAACUUAAAUGAAUCACAAGCAAACCGCGCUUCUGUUUUAAAUGAAACGUUUAAUGAAAGACGAACAUCUAGUCCUAAUUAUAAUACACCUAACCGCAGCAUGAUUGCUGUAAUUGUCUAUUUGGCCUUAUUGUUGGAUAAUGUGCUGUUAACCGUAAUUGUGCCCAUUUUGCCAGAUUAUCUUGCUACCAUAAAUAAUAGAACAACAAAAAUAACAACAUUACAUUACGCUUCAUCGAAUGCAGCAACAGGCAUUAAAAGUAUAAAUGACAGCGGUGGCCUUGGUAUCCUUGGCGCUGCGGCGACAGCACAGCAUUUAGCUUAUCGUAAUCUGGACGGAACAGCACAGCAGCAACAACAACAGUCGGCAGCACUACAACAACAAACACACAUUAUGACAAAACAUCCAAUACCGGGUAAAUCGAUGGUUAAUUUUUCAUUGAUUCACUUGGUAAGCGAUGAUAAUAAUAGUAAUAAUAAUAAAGUGUUAAUGGUGACGCCAAUAAAUGAACAACAGCGGAAUUCGAUAUCCACCGACCAUGUAGAUGAAAGUAAAAUGGGUGAAAACUAUUUGGGGUUGAUUAAUAAUAACAAUGAGAAAGGAAAUAAAAUGGCGGAAACAAUGUCAAAGGAUCAUAAUAAUGAUGAUGCUAAUCUGGCUAGUGAAAAUAGUUCAAUUGGAAUUUUGCUGGCCAUGAAAGCACUAGUACAAUUAAUAUUUAAUCCCAUUGUGGGUAACAUGUCUACCAAAUAUGGCUAUCGAAUACCCAUUGUUUUGGGUACAUUUUGUCUACUUAUCUCAUCGCUAGUAUUUGCUGUGGGUGAAUCGUAUACGACAUUGAUAAUUGCUCGUUCCGUCCAGGGCAUAGGUUCUGCUUGUAUCGGUGUUUGUGGCAUGAGUUUAGUGGCUCAACAUUAUCCGGAAGAAGAUCGCCGUUCAAAAGUAAUGGGUAUAAUUUUGGGUAGUAUUGCUUUGGGUGUUCUACUUGGUUAUCCUUUCGGUGGUAUAUUAUAUGAUUUAUUUGGAAAAUCGGCUCCUUUUAUUAUACUCUCAACAAUAAUUUUUAUUAAUUUAGGCAUGCAAUUGGUCACAAUGGAUUUAUCAAUACAACCUGAGGUUAUUGUUAAUGUUGAUCAACAACAACAACAACCUAAAUGGAAACCCUUACUACAGAGCAAAAUGAUUCUGGCCAUUGUAAUAGCAAUAUGGGUUUCUACAUCGACCAUGGCAAUAUUAGAACCUUGUUUGCCCAUAUGGUUAAUGCAGUAUUUGAAACCUACCAAAUGGCAAUUGGGUACAGUAUUUAUACCCGAUUCUAUAGGCUAUUUUGUAGGCACAAAUUUCUUUGGCAGCAUUGCCUAUAAAUACGGUCAAAUAAAGGUAUCCUGUAUUUCACUAUUGUUGGUGGGCAUAUCGUCGGUGUUGAUACCUAGUGCUACAACCGUAGCACAAUUAUUACUGCCUCAUUUUGGUUUAGGCUUAGGUAUUGGCAUUAUUGAUGCUGCUUUAGUUCCUCUAUUGGCCACAUUUGUUGAUGCUACUUUAGCACAGGAGGAUCAAAUUGAUAUGGAUACAAAAAUUAUGAGUAGUUCACAUACCAUGUCAAGUUAUGGUACUGUUUAUGCCAUACAACAGACAUCUGUUAGUUUGGCUUAUUGUUUGGCUCCCCUAAUUGGAGGUGAAUUGGCGCAGGCUUUUGGAUUUGCUUGGCUUAUGCGCAUUGUAGGUUUUUUCAAUAUAAUUUAUGGUCCAACAUUGGUGUACUUGUACUAUAAAUAUGAUCCAAAGAUCUUACGCGACAAACAAAAUGAAAUGUUAUUAAGUUCAACUGGAGGAGGACACGGCAGUAAAUAUAAACAACUAUAUAAUGCAGUGGACACAGAGUGAAUUGAUUGCACCUAAUAAAACUUUAUAAAU